UGUGCUCGAGGGGUGCCGACCCGGCCGGAGCGAGCGCGCAGACGGGCGGACGUCGUCGAGGGGGCGCGGCUGCCACUGGGCUGGACGAGACAGGCGAUCCGGAUUCGAGUGCCCAUCUCCACCGGACACCCAGAACACCGACGAUGGAGCGUCUGGCGCCCAAUGGCGACUUCCCGGCGAUGGCGCGCACCAGCGCCUGCCGCAGCCUCUUCGGGCCGGUGGACCACGAGGAGCUGGGCCGCGAGCUGCGGAUGCGCCUGGCCGAGCUGAGCGCCGAGGACCAGAACCGCUGGGACUUCAACUUCCAGCAGGACGUGCCGCUGCGCGGCCCCGGCCGCCUGCAGUGGACGGAGGUGGACAGCGAGUCGGUGCCCGCCUUCUACCGCGAGACGGUGCAGGUGGGGCGCUGCCGCCUGCUGGUGGGGCCGCGCGCCCCGCCCGUGACCCUGGCUGUCAUCUCGCGCCCCCUGGAGCCGCCGCCCGCUGAGCCCCAAGACGACGACUCGGAGGACGAGGAGCCCGACGAGCCGUCCAGCGCCCCGCAGCCGGAGCCCUCCGCGGCCCGGGCCCGGCCCAGGGCCCCGGACGAGGGCCGAGGCUCGGCCCCGCCGGCGGCGCCCGCUCCGGUGCCGCGUGCGGCUCGGCCCCCGGCCCCCGCGGCGCCCCCGGCCGCCGUCCCCGAGGCGCCCCCGGCGGCGCCCCCGGCCGCGGCCCCCGCGGAGCCUCAGCUCGCGGCCCCGGCCGCCCCGGCGGCCCCCGCGGCCCCCGCGGCGGGCCCGGCCGCGGCCUCGGCGGAGCCGCAGUUCGUGGCCCCGGCGGCGCCCCCGGCCCCAGCCCCGGACGUGGCCUCGGACGCGGACCCGGACGCGGACGCGGCGCCCGCGAGCGGCGCGGACCCAGGCGCGAACCAGGCGGCGCCGGCGGACUCGGCGCAGGCGGGGACCCCGGGGCGUCCCGCGGCCGCCGGCGCCAACGGCGGCGCGGCGGCGAAGAAGCUGUCGGGGCCUCUCAUCUCGGAUUUCUUCGCCAAGCGCAAGCGAUCGGCGGAGAACAAGCCGAACGAGGCGCCCGCCGCGCCCGCGCCCGCCGCGCCCGCGCCGGGCCCCGCGCCCGCCGUGGGAGGGGCGGAGCAGACCCCUCGCAAGCGCCUGAGAUGAGCUAGCGCGCGGAGCCUUCGGAGCCCUUGGAUUGCUGGGCAGCGGACGGAGGAAGAGCUUGGACCUCGGCUGGGACCCUCAAUGUAGCAUCGCGGCCGCUCGCGAGCAGCCCUCGACUCCUCACCCAAUUGGAAACUGUGCAAUGUACCAGUACCUAUCUAUGCUGCACACGCGUUCGGGCGGUCCCCAGGGGCAAAGCUUUAAGAGUCAUUUAUAUAAAGUGUUUAAUCUCUGCUGAAACUCAGUGCAAGGAAAAAAAAUGGAAAAAGAAAAAAAAAAGGAAAAAAAAGACAAAAACCAUGUAUAUUUGUACAAAAAC